AUGAAGAUUCUCUUCACUUUCACUCUCUACCUAAUAUCAGGUCCAGUGAGCUGUGUUGAUGUGAUUGGUUAUUCAGGAGGAAGCAUCACUAUAAUCUCUAACCUAGUGGGAAGAGGAAAAAGUAAAUAUCUUUGUAAGGUGGAAACCAGAGAGUGCAAAGAAAUAAACAGUAUAAAGACUGGAAAGAAUCGCAUUCAAGAGGAAAAAUUCAUCCUUUAUGAAAACACACAGGGAUUUUUGACAGUGUUUAUCAGAAAGCUGAAGCCACAGGAUGCUGGAACAUACACCAUGGGAGUGGGAGUUUCAAAUAACACUGAUGUAAACCUGAAAGUUCUUAAUGAUUCUUGUUGUGCGGGGCCAAAAAUAACGAACGCUUUCCGAGGACAGAACAUCACCUUCACCUGUAACUAUCCAGCAGAGUAUAAGGAACACAACAAGUAUAUCGAGAAAAUUGAUAAUGACAGAGUUGUUAAAGGGAUUCUUAAUACUGGAACACAACCUCAAAAUGGCAGAUUCUUCAUUUCUGAUGACAGACGUGCUAGAGUUCUCAGUGUGAACAUCAGUGGUGUAAGAGAAGAUGAUGAUGGCUUUUAUUUAUGUGGAGUGUACAGUUAUAAGCGUGUUUUUCCUAUAGGAUAUUUCUCCUACUUCUUAGAGGUUCAGCUACAGGUUACAGCCAGCACCUUCAUGAUGACAUCAGCAGCACCAACAGAGAUCUCAUCUCAUGUAGGGCAUUCGAAUCAUCAUGUUGUCAUCAGUAUGUGUGUCUGUGUGGCUCUGUUGCUGAUUGGUGGAUGCGCACUGAUGAUCUAUAAAUGGAGACACAAGAAGAUAUUAGGUUCAACACCCUCAUCUAAAUGCAAUGAGCAGGCUCCUACUAUUUAUGAGAAUGACUGGGCUAAAUCACCACCAUAUGAAAACUUGAACAUGGAAAUGAGAUCGAAUCAUCAGACUCCGAAUUCCUCUACAAGCCAGACAAAUUCAACGUACCAAACACUGGAUCCCCUCACCAACCAAUCGGAUUCAGGCUACGAGUCUCUGAAAACCACCACCAUUCAGUCUCAUUCACACUACCAAUGUCUGACUCCUGCUACUCAGAUGCACUCGGUUUACCACACUCUGCAUUCUUAAAACUUUCCUUUACUACAGUAUAAUGCUAGAUUGCUAUGGUAUGUCUAUCUUGUUGCUGGAAAGUAGAUUUAUGCUAACAAUGUACAGUAAAAUUAAAAUGUCAUAGAAUAAAAAAAGUAAAAAGUAAUACAUAUUACCUCUAUGUGAAUCAAUUAUUGGUGUCAUGGCGAAACAGUAAAAUAGCAAAAUGACCUCAUAGCUGAUGAAAUCAGAAAAUAUGUUCCUGCCGAAUAUUCAACAUACAAAUGUUACACUGGGGCAAAUUGAGCUAAUGUACGACUAGAUUCUGGUUUUCCUAAGCAACAGUCUAUAUUAUAAUCUAAUUAUGUUUCCAGAAAUCAUAACAACUAAGGCAUCAAUGUUGCUGUAAAAUUAUCAGUGUCAUGAGUUUCAUAACCAACAUUAUUAGAGAAAGCAAAGCAGCCUGAAAUCUGCUAAAGGCACUUAUGGACAUCUACAGUACACUCUAAGAAGACUGAGGUGCACACCCAUCCUCACCUGAUUCUACAUGUCAUAGAACCAGAGAUGUUAUACAGGGUGGAUUUUUGGGUCUGCUAUUUUUUUCUUUUAUUUGUUAUUUAUAACCAGCAAACAUACAGUACCAUGGACACAAAAAAGCUGAUUAUGUACUGUAGAUAUCCAUUUUCUUUU